AUGUUUUGUUUUUCCCCUUUCUUGGCUGUGUGCCUCGAGGACGGCUGUACGCCGCUGACCAGAAGAGGCCACUGCCGUGGAUAUCACCAUGGUGAGGUGGUGCUGGCUGGGCUGGAGGGCCCCAAGGCCAAGGGCGUUAAGCACUGUUACUACUAUGUGCGAAUUCAGAACGCCUGGUUCUAUGCCCCGUUAGGGUCGGCGUUGCGUUAUCGGCCAAAGGCUGCCUCGUCCCACGAUUUGGAGGUGCGCCGGAGGGCUUGUCUCGUCAGGGAAGCUGAUAACAGGGGCUGGCCAGGGGACAUGUCGAGAACCUCUCCCGGAGGCUACCCUUGA